AUGCUAAGGGACUAUAUAACAGUAUACUUUAAUAAUAUCUUAGUAUAUUUAAUCCUUUGGAGGCUAAGGGAUAUAGGCCUCAACCUAGACCUUAAGAAGUAUACGUUUACGGUAAAGGAAGUUAAGUACCUAGAGUAUAUUAUAGAGGUAGGAGUCUAUAUCCGCCCUAACCCUAAGAAGAUCAAGGCUAUCUAUAAAUAG